GUAAGAACAAUUCAAGACCCUUGUCUAGGCGACUGGACUGAUGGACUGGGCUUGCUCCGGCAGUGGCUACUACUCCUCGGGAACGCAGUCUCCUCCGGCGGGCGGCAACGAGGACGAGGACGCGUACAUGACUGUCUCGUCGGUGCCGCCGAAGAGGCGCGCGGGGAGGACCAAGUUCAAGGAGACGAGGCACCCGGUGUACAAGGGCGUGCGCAGCAGGAACCCCGGGAGGUGGGUCUGCGAGGUCCGGGAACCCCACGGCAGGCAGAGGAUCUGGCUUGGCACCUUCGAGACCGCCGAGAUGGCGGCGCGCGCGCACGACGUCGCCGCGCUAGCGCUGCGCAGCCGCGCGGCGUGCCUCAACUUCGCCGACUCGCUGCGAAGGCUCCGCGCGCCGCCGCUGGGGGCCUGGCACGACGAGAUACGCCUUGCCGCGGUGGAGGCCGCCAAGCUGUUCCGUCCGCAGCCCGGGCAGCACAAUGCAGCUGCCGAGACGGGGGUGAUCGCGGCUCCCGGCGCCCAGGGGAGCGCGGAGCUGGGUGCCCACUUCCCUUACUACCCGGUGGAGGAUGGGCUGGAGUUCGAAAUGCAGGGGUACCUUGACAUGGCGCAGGGGAUGCUCAUCGAUCCGCCACUGCCGACUGCGGCGCCGUCAGCGUGGAUGGAGGACGAGUACGACUGCGAGGUCAGUCUUUGGAGCUAUACUGAUCGUGCGUUCUUGGACUCGGCUGGCUUUGGCGCGAAGGACGCAAUGUACGGCUUAUGUUAACUUAGUAUGGCGUGACUUGUGGUGUGCUAAUAUGUGUUGUUUCCCUGCUAUUUUGACGAAUUGUAAAGCGAUCAGAAGGAGCAGAGGAAUUGAAAAGUAAUUUGUGACUGCACAGAUCCUGUUCGUGUGGAAGUUUGAAAUAUUGUACAUGUUUGAAAUUUCUUUUAAUUGAAGCUCAUGUAAACAAAAAAUAAUUUGUGAAUGCAAAGAUGCAGUGAAGUUCAUGUUCUAUUGAAA